ACAGAACUGAGGCGGCAUCGCAGAAGCCGACAUGAAUCCUCUGAUCGCGUGUAUGAUUGUCGGUCUGGCAGGGUUCGCCCUGGCGGAGCCGCCUGUGUCCGGCGGCUACAGUUACAGCAGACCUAGCGGUGGCGGCAUCUCCUUCGGUGGCGGUGGCGGCGGCAUCUCCUUUGGCGGCGGCGGCGGUGGCGGCUACACCCAGGUGUCCACCGGCUUCCAGACCAACGAGGGCGCUUCCGUGGACAGCGCGCUCCUCGAGCAGAUCCGUCAGAUCCUCCUGAAGGAGGAGCUGCAGUCCCAAGGGUCCGGUGGUGGAUUCGGCGGCGGAGGCGGUGGAUAUUCCGCUCCUAGCUCCAGCUACGGAGCCCCGUCGUCGCAAUACGGCGCCCCGUCGCCGCAGUAUGGCGUGCCUAGCUAUCAGACCCGCGUCGUAGGCAUCGACCUCGAAGGCAUCAGGCAGGCCAUUCAAGUGGCCCAAUUCAACCAGGUCAGCCAGGGCGGGGGUGGCGGUGGCUACCCCAGCGGACCCAGCAGCAGUUACGGAGCGCCCAGCCGGCCGUCCAGUGGCUAUGGUGCGCCGUUCUAA